AUGAGAGCUAGAGGUCGGGGAAGAGGAAAGAUUCAAUCUGAGUCGACUGCUCAAACUGAAGUACGCUCUACCGCUCGGAUGUAUAAUUUGAAGACCAGUGAAGAUUGUGAUGACCUUGAAAUCAUUACAGGAUCGAAUUAUUCUUAUGUCAGUAGUAUAUUGGUUAAAGAUUUAAACCUUUCGUUAGAGCCUAUUCAUAGUGAGAUGAUUGUGAUGAAUCCAUUAAGAAAUAGUACUCGGGUUAUUCUUGGGAUGGAUUGGAUUUAUCAUUAUUAUGCCAACAUGGAUUGCCUACUUAAGCGAGUUCAGUUAACCAGUCUUGAGGGAUUGGAAAUUAGUGUGGUCAACGAAAGAAUCCAUCCUUUAGCUAAUGUGAUAUCGUUGAUGUCGGCUUGGAAGCUAAUGCUGCAAGGAUGUCAAGCUUACAUUUCUAAUGUAAUCGAUACAAGAGUUAAAGAAAGGAAACUGGAAGAUAUUCCGACUGUUGGAGAGUUUCUAGAAGUAUUUUCGGAUGAUUUACCGGGGUUACGUCCAGAUAGAGAGGUUGAGUUCCAGAUUGAAGUAAUGUCAGAAUCAGCACCAAUUUCAAUGGCUCCUUAUAGGAUGGCUCUAAAAGAGUUGAAAGAGUUAAAGACUCGGUUGUAG